GGUAACUUCAGGUUCUGCCAUGGUUGGUGGAGACAUGACACGGUGUAGUCCGAUUGGCCUUGAACCGACGACGACCGGAUCUGGGGCGGCAUGGCAGCCUCUUCUUGUUCGUGUUCAUCUCCCCGCUGCAGUGUGCUUCUCUUGCUCUCAUCCUGGUACCAGUAGCUCGUGAUAUACAAAUCCGAUCAGCUGAACCGAACCCAUUGGCGACUCUGCAUCAGUGACUGCGUCGUCAGUCAUCACCAUGGCCAUCCCAACGGUCUUGGUCAUUGCGGGCUCCGACAGUUCAGGCGGAGCAGGUCUUGAAGCAGACCAAAAGGUCCUCACCGCUCAUGGCUGCCAUGCCAUGACGGCCACCACGGCGUUGACUGCCCAAAACACUCUCGGAGUGGACAAUGUGCACAUCACGCCGCCGACGUUUGUGGGAAAACAAAUCCAUGCGUGUUUAACUGAUAUUCCCUGUGAUGCGGUCAAGAUUGGCAUGCUGGCAUCAGCCGAGACCAUCAGGGUCGUAGCCGAUUCGCUCGAGAAACAUCAAGUGUCGACGAUUGUUCUGGAUCCGGUCAUGGUAGCCACAAGCGGCGCCCAGCUCCUACCAGGCGAUGCGGUGCGCAACCUGCGCGAAAGACUGCUUCCAAUGACGACGCUGUUAACGCCUAACAUCCCCGAGGCGACGCUCCUACUCCGCGACGCAGACGUGCAGUACAAGUCCCCAUCGAGUCUAGAAGACUUGAAAACCCUCGCUAAGAUGGUUCAUCAGCUAGGACCGCGUGCAGUUCUCCUAAAGGGAGGACACAUGCCACUAACGCGCGAGUAUAUCAAAGCGACCAACGACGAUGAUAGGGCAGUCACCGUUGACGUCCUAUACGACGGCCACAACUACACUCUGAUCGAGUCACAGUUUCUGCAAUCCAAGAACACACACGGCACAGGCUGUUCGUUGGCCUCUGCCAUCGCCGGCAACCUGGCACAGAUGAAACGAAAACAACAACACAAACAGAUAAAAUCCCAGCAACAACAGCAACAACAGCUGUCAUCUGAUCUCGAUCUCCUACCCAUCGCCGUCCGUCUGGCGGUCUACUACGUAACAACCGGCAUCAAAACCUCCCAGCCAGACCUGGGCCACGGCUCCGGCCCCAUCAACCACUUCCACAACAUACAAAUCCAACCCUUUUCCCGCGGCCAUUUCAUCGAAUACUUGCUCAAUCACCCCCGAGUCGCGCCCUCAUGGCAAAAAUACACCCACCACGACUUCGUCACCCAACUAGCGCGUGGCACGCUCUCGGAAACCUUAUUCAAAAACUACCUAGUGCAAGACUACUUGUACCUCACACACUUUGCACGCACAAACGCUCUGGCAGGCUACAAGUCGCGCAACAUGGCGGACAUUUCUGCCUCGGCCCAUAUCAUCCUGCACAUUGAGCGCGAAAUGGCCCUUCACUUGGGCUAUUGUGCCGAAUUUGGCAUUUCAAAGCAGGACCUUGAACAUCCCAACCGCAAAGAGUCGCUUGCUUGUGUCGCGUAUUCGCGGUAUGUGUUGGACGUGGGGAAUACUGAGGAUUGGCUUGCGCUGCAGAUGGCCCUGGCGCCGUGUCUUAUUGGCUAUGGCGAGACGGCGAAGAGACUUGUUGGUGAUAAGGAACGCAAAACGACGGAUCAGGGAAAUAGGUAUUGGAGAUGGGUGGAGAAUUAUGUCGCGGACGAUUAUCAGGAGGCUGUGCGUGUUGGAAAAGAUCUCAUCGAAACACAUAUCGUCAAACAAUCACCCCAACGGGUCGAGGAGCUCGUCAACAUCUUUGCUCGGGCUACGGAGAUGGAAGUCCGCUUCUGGGACUUUGAUGCUCAUCUUGAUCCGGAGGAGGAGGAUUAGAUGCCAAAAGUACCCCCAAAGAAAAGUAAAAACACGGAAGCCCAUGUGCUGGAUUGAAUAUGGAGAUUGAAGAUAUAUAGAAAAGCCUGACUGAUUGAAAAACAACUCUCAUGAUACAUUGCAGUAUAUACAUAACUACCGUAGGAUGGUCGAGAAAUGACCGGGCCAAGCCAUGCAAUUAAUCGUCACUGUAAUUAGGUCUGGUCGACCUUACCUAGGAUGCCACCAGUGGCAUGUAAUGUCGAG